AUGUCGCUCUACUCUAAAUUUCUGAAGGAUAUGUUGACAAGGAAGGACAAAUACAUUCACAAUGAGAAUAUAGUAAUGGAGGUCUCGGUGGGAAAAACUCUCAUUGACCCGGGAGGGAGUAUCAACUUGAUGCCACUCUCCAUGUGUAGAAGAUUGGGGGAGUUGGAAAUAAUUCCCACAAGAAUGACUUUACAGCUAGUUGAUCGCUCCAUAACUAGACCUUACGGUGUUAUUGAAGAUGUUUUGGUUCGAAUCAAACAUUUCAAUUUCCCAGCUGAUUUUGUAGUGAUGGACAUAGAAGAGGACUCUAAGAUUCCAUUAAUCUUAGGGCGCCCCUUCAUGUUGACUGCAAGUUGUGUAGUAGACAUGGGAAAGAAAAAGUUGGAGUUAGGCAUUGGUAAUCAAAAAAUCAGCUUCGACUUGUUUAAUGAAGAAAAACAUUUGUCGGACCAAAAUGUCUGCUUACAGGUGAAGGCGUUUGAUGAGAAGGUUCUGAAGGAGAGAACCAAGAUUGAUCCAAGAUAA